CCGUGGACCUGUGCUUAAAACGCCUUGCGGCCCAGCGCCAGCAUGUCCACCAUGAGGCGACGAAGCAGUUGCUCUGGCGCUGCAGCACUUGCAAGGCUGCCUUUGCGCAUGCGGCCGCACUAUGACAAAGAGGUGUUGGGUGGCGGCGAGUCACCUGCAGGCCGAGGCUCUAUAUCAACGAAGAGCUCGCCGGCAAAGACCAGGGACAUAAGCUUUUUCACCGACGGGGUGCAGAGCGAGACUGUGGGAGGCUUUGCAAGGACGAGGCAGAACAGCUGCAGUACAAUUGAUUCAGCAUCUCCAAAGCAGAACAGUGCGACGGUGCUGGAACGACGUCCGUCUAGAGGCCUCCAAAGAUGCGGAGAAUGCAAGACAUCUGAAGGAAGUCUGCUAGACUCCAGCACCUCACCGACGCCCAAGUCAGUGGCAUUGCUCUUGGCCAGUUGCAUGCAGAGUGGCCUUGAUGGGGACCUUCAGGAGGCGCGGCCAAUAUAUGCGGCUUCUGGGCUGGUUCUGAAGAGUCCGUCAAGAAGUGUGGCCGCUGAGAAGAUGCGUACGAUCAGACAACGUACCAGCCCUGCAUUCUUUACUGCGAGUGAGCCUGGCUCGCCUAUGUCGAGCUCUGGGUGCUUUGACUUUCCAGUUGUGAAAACCUUUCGAGAAUUGGAGAAGGAGAAGAUUUUCGAUCUCUACCAAUGGAGUGAGGUUUUGCAAGAAGCUGGCGAUGGCGGCAAAGUAGUUGUCUGCGAGCCCAAACCAGAUUAUGACUCUGUUCCUGCAGAAACCUAUGUUUUGAAGAUGCGUUCGAAACAGUCAUUGAGGGAGCACAAAAUGGAAGAGCAGUUUCGGAAAUCCUUGAUGACACUUCUCAAUCUGGCGCCUCACCCUGGUGUUCUUCCCCUCCAAGAGGUCCUGGAAGAUCAGCAGUUCUACUAUAUAGUGAUGGAAAAGGCAAAAGGUGGAUCCCUUUUCAAAGGACUUCUGAAGCAGUUCGAGGAUGGACACAUGCCACCAACCGAAGUCCGACGGUUGAUUCGCGGCAUUUUGGAGGCCAUUGGCUACAUCCACGAGCACGGCAUGUUACACAGAGAUAUCAAGCCAGACAACUUGGUGAUGCGCGACGUGCAAUCAGAUGCGAUGGAGGGGGGUGCUUUGCGAGUGGCGAUCAUUGACUUCGACCACGCAGACCCAGAAUACCUCUCCAAGCCCAAGCCUAUGGACUCUGAGCAGCCGAGCUGUGACUACUUCUGUGGCACAGUGCAAUUCAGCGCGCCUGAAGCCUUCAUGGGCUGCUUUUCACCGGCCAGCGAUCUCUACAGCAUAGGCAUCAUUUUGUACCUGAUCAUGGCUGGAAAGAUGCCGUUUGACAACUCCAUCUUCCAGGAGGAAAUGUCCGUCCUCCAGCAAUCUCCAAAGAGCCGUGGUUGGACAAUGAAUCUGUGGAAACGGCUGAAAUCGCAGGCGAUUGAUUGGAGUUGUGAUCCGUGGCCGCAGCAACCAGAGUGUGCCAGCUUUUGCCGGUGGCUCUUAGCCUUCGAGCCAAGCAAGAGGCCUUCAUCUGCAGCUGAAGCCUUGGAACACGACUGGUUUGUGGCCUCUGUUGGCAUAUCCUAGCUGCAGAGAGCAGUUUCUGACCACAGGCUUCCUGGAUACAGACGGCCGGCAACUCCAACUUUCUGCUUAGGCAAUUAGGCUAUAUAUAAAUGGCUAUAAUCAAAUGCGAAGCUGGUAGCUCUUGCGGCUGUUGCUGGAACGUCCCAGUGAGUUUAUUUGGACCGCAUGGGUCCGCUGAGUUAACUUUGCUGUGUGAGCAGCAAUGAUCGGGGGACUUGACGGAUCAGUGCCGCCGAUGUUCCGAAUUUGUUAGUGUCGAGGGCUAGUUCACUGUGUCAAGGAUCAAGGGCCUGCCUCAAGGCAGCAACUUUCCAAAUUUCCGGUGGCCCCAAGGGCCGGUCCGGGCGUAAAGCGGAGGGAGAUCAAGAGUUCUUUGAUUUUUAUUCCUGC